AUGGAACUUUCGAAAAGUGAUGAAUGUGUUAAAAUGUUGGAGAUAAAUUUAAAGAACCAUUGUGGUGGCCGUGAAGCUAUUACAAUAGGUCGAGAUCUAACUUCAAGGGAGUUACAUUUGCACGUCCACACAUAUAAUCAUGAUGAUAAAUCUUUUGUUUCUAAUCAUUCUCGACUUCUCCACAAAAAGUAUGAAGAGAUUAUACAGAAAAAAAGACUGACUGAAUCUGAAAUUGAUCAAUUGGAAUCAUAUUAUCAAGCUGCGGGAGGAGUAAAGAAGAAAAGAUUAUAUGGUCUCGGAUCUGAAGCUGAAGGUGACUUUGGGAAAAAACUUUGUGACCGUAAUGCCUCCACAUCAUCAGUACCACCUUCGGUUUCUUUAUCGACAAAAAAUUUGAAGGAGUUUGAGAAGCAAUUGAUUAUGGCACUUACUACUCACUUUCUCCGUUAG